GCCAAGACUUACAUUUUGGUACGAGAGACAACAAAACUUCCUGCUUUGCUUCUUUACUUAAACAGAUGGAGGAGAGAGAAGGAAUCAUACUAUUGCAUGUCUUCGUGUUCCUCAUUGUUGCACUUAUCUGCUACAUUUUCGUAAGAAGGAACCAAAGGGACUCCACCAAUAAGCUCCCUCCAGGGUCACUAGGCUGGCCGUAUAUCGGUGAAACACUUCAACUUUACUCUCAAGAUCCAAAUGUUUUCUUCGCUACAAAACAGAAAAGGUAUGGUGAGAUUUUCAAGACCCAUAUUUUGGGUUGUCCUAGUAUCAUGUUGGCUAGCCCUGAAGCAGCUCGGUUUGUAUUGGUAACACAAUCUCACUUGUUCAAGCCCACGUACCCAAAAAGUAAAGAAAACUUGAUUGGUCCUUUAGCACUGUUUUUCCAUCAAGGGGAGUACCACACUCGCUUAAGGAAGCUAGUCCAGGGCUCCUUAUCACUUGAUAAUCUCCGAAGUUUGGUUCCAGAUAUUGAAUCAAUGGUCGUAUCCGCGUUGGACUCAUGGGCAGAUAGCCGAAUUGUCCAAACGUUUCAUGAGAUGAAAAGGCUAUCCUUCGAGGUUGGUAUACUCGCUAUAUUUGGACACUUGGAGGCCAGCCAGAAAGAGCAACUAAAGCAAAACUACAGCAUAGUAGACAAAGGUUACAACUCUUUCCCAACAAAAUUACCAGGCACACCCUUCAAAAAGGCUUUUUUGGCGAGGAAACGGCUGCAGCAGAUAUUGAGGGAAAUCAUCUCUGAGAGGAAAGAAAAGAGGGCAACAGAGAAAUACCUUUUGGGAUGUUUAAUGAACUCGAAAGAUGAUAAUGGUAAAACCUUGAGUGAAGAUCAGAUUGCUGAUAACAUUAUUGGAGUUCUGUUUGCUGCUCAGGACACAACAGCCAGUGCAUUGACAUGGAUUCUGAAAUAUCUGCAUGAUCACCCGAAACUUCUGGAGACUGUAAAGGCUGAGCAGAAGGUUAUCUACAAGUUUAAUGAUGAUGGUCAUCUUAAGUUGACAUGGGCCCAGACUAGAAAUAUGCCAAUUACGUACAAGGUGAUAUUGGAGAGCUUGAGAAUGGCAAGCAUUAUAUCAUUCACAUUUCGAGAGGCAGAUACUGAUGUCGAAUACAAGGGCUAUCGAAUACCAAAAGGCUGGAAGGUCAUGCCUUUGUUUAGGAAUAUCCAUCACAAUCCUGAAUUCUUUCCCAAUCCUCAACAAUUCGACCCUUCAAGAUUCGAGGUUGCACCAAAGCCGAACACAUUUAUGCCGUUUGGAAGCGGAGUCCAUGCUUGCCCUGGAAAUGAGCUUGCUAAGCUGGAAAUGCUCAUUAUGAUUCACCAUUUAGUCACUAAAUAUAGAUGGGAAGUGGUGGGAUCUGAAAGUGGGAUUCAGUAUGGUCCAUUUCCUGUCCCGAUGCAUGGACUUCCUGCAAGAUUUCAGAAGGAAUCUAUCCAGGAAAAGGGAGAAGUAUGUGGUGCUUGUUAUGAUACUUAGAAAGUAGUUUUCAUGCCUUCCCCAAACUUAGCUAUCAGUUGUUAACCCAUCCCCACAAUUGAGUCAUCUGAGGAUAGAAGAUUCCUGCCUUUUCUCUAUAUUAUUAUUGCCUUUUGUACCACUUCUGUUAAUGGAAGAGGUAUCUAAUGUUAUUAAAGGAAUUCGUGUAACUGUG